AUGCGAAUUGACGUGAUCGUGGCAAAAUGUUCGAAAAGAAAUAUUGUGGCAUAUGCAGCCGGCAGUAUAAAUGAAAUAAAUCCAUGUUUGCAAACAAAAACAAACAUGUUGGAAGUUCAAUUAAAAUAUGUUGUUCCAUUAGCUGAAUCAUCUGCUUACAUUAGCGUAGAUUGCAAGGAUUCAAUGACAUAA